AUGGCGGACGGCUCCCAAAAGCCAAAGCCUAAGUCCAGGCUAUCAAAUGAAAACAAAGCCGCGAUCAAACGGGCUUCGAAGUCCUUUCUCACCAAGUUCGGACCGGUCAUUUUCGCUGGCGUUGCUGCUGCUGUGAAGCAUCAUCUCGAUGAUGAUGAAGAGCGAAAAGAAGAGGCCGGGCCAUCCAAGGCCAGAAGUCAGAUCGACGACAAAGCUAGCGAUCGCACGACUGAUAGCGAAUUAAGGAGAGAAGUUCGACAUUUGAAAAGGGCUUUGCGGAGGAAAGAGAGACAGUUCUUGCAUCAUGGUAGCGACAAAAGAUCCUCGAAAACCCCAUCCCUGUCUUCGAUGAGAGUUAACAUUCCCACGGUUGUCAUCCAAGACCAUGACAAUGAUCAUCGAGGAGUCCCCCCAACAGUUAGAGGACUCGAACAAGAAGGAUCGUUUGAAAGAAAAACUCCUCAGAAUGAUUAUUACCAACACCCCGAAGAUCAAUUCUCGACUGCUGAGCACAGCGAAAAGGUAGGAGACGACGAUGGACUGGUCGCUUCUCGAGAUCUGGAUGCUACGUCAAUCGGGCCCCGUCAUCACAGCCACCACCGCCAUCAACACCUCGUCCACUCCCCAAAUCUCCGUCACUCGUCUGUACCAAUCCACAUGCCGUCCAAGGAUCGCGAAGAAGAGCUUUGUGACAAAGCCAUCGAAGCAUCCAAAGUUUCUGCAUUGACAGGCGCAAUCGAAGCACUAGCAAUCAGUGAUCGCCAUGGGAAAUGGUGGGACAACGGUAUGAGCGCCAAAGGUAAACGAACGGCGACUGCUGUUGCUGCAGGCUUUAGAACGAGUUGGGCGAGGGGAGAAAAUACAGAACUUGCCGAUGGAUGGGAAACUAUUGCGAAUGUUGGAAGAGGCUUGCUUAUCACUAGAAUUGUGCAUGGCAGUAGCUCGAGAAUUGAUGAGCACUGGCGAGAUGAGCGACGAGGACGAAGGAGAAGGAGGGAUAGUUUCUGA